AUGCAUGCUUCUGUAGGUGAGGAUCUGAUAUCUGUGUUCGAGUCAUUGAUAUCGGAAGGAACUGUGUAUGUUUUUACAUACUUUGGAGUUAACAACAACUGUGGGUUGUAUCGCACAACAUCGCAUCAAUUUCGGUUAUUUUUUCAAGAUAGAACUACUGUCUUACCCUCUUUCUGUGAUGCAAUACCAUUAUAUGGUAUUAAGUUGGUCCCUUUUAGGGAAAUUAUGGGAUACUCUCCUCAUCAUCCUUUUUUGGUUGACGUUGCUGGAGUUAUGGCCGGCGUAGAGGGUGAGAGAAAAUACAUGAACGAUGGCAAACUUAUUAACAUGAUGGUCAUUCGUAUUGAGAAUGACGGUUUACAGCUUAAUAUUGUUGUUCUUGGAGAGAUGGUGGACCGGAUCAAGAAUUUUCUAGCAUCGGGCGAUCAACAACUGCCAAUAGUUAUUCUUCAAUUUGCAAGAGUAAAAAAUACUGGAGGUACCAAUAUUGUGCAGAACAUUAUGUAUGGUACUAGACUCUUGAUAAAUCCAGAUAUUCCUGAGGCUUUGAUGCUUCGAAAAAGUGUGUACUAUAGAGAGAUCUCGCAGUACCUGUCUGUAGUUUCUGGCAAACCAGCAUAUCUUGAUGAAGAUGAAGUUUUAUAUUCCAUUGGGAGGAAGACAAUAAAGGAGUUACGUGCUGCAGCGGAUGUUGGAUUCUAUGUUGUUCGGGCCACUGUUCUUGAUGUUGAACCCGUUCCAAGUUGGUGGUAUAAAUCAUGUGUUUGCAGCGUGAAGGCAGAAGCUAAUGCGGAUGAAUACUUCUGCGAUGGCUGUAAUAGGGAUGUGAAUAAUGUGGUUGACAGGUAUUACUCUAAUUAG